AAGAUAAGAGUCCCAAUAUACGAAGCCCCUCGGCUCAACCCGGACUCGACAGUCGACACAUGUCGAGAUAAUUGCUAAUUUGCUACAGGUGCCGCGACGUAAACAACGCAAUCACUUUACUGAGUCAGUUUGUCACUGAGCUAUUAACUAUACUAUUUCUUUUCCCUGUGUAUAUAAAUACUCUUAAUGGCAGCCAUUGUUUUAUCAUUAGCCACUUCUUUAUCUUCUUCUUCUUCUUCUUCUCUUAAAGCUCUUCGUUCUUCUUCUUCCUUGUUUUUCUCGAAACUAGGACCAGUUAGAUCAGUUGCUGUUCGUGGUUUUGGUUUUAGAGUCGUCUCUUUUGGAGUUGCAUCUCAAGGACGAGGAUCCAUUUGUUUUUACUCUUCUGGUAGACGAGAAGGCAAGUUCAUGGCUCACUCCAUUUCUCGUGCCACUCUUGGCCUCACUCAGCCCGCUCAAAUCGAGCCCCCUAAGAUCUCUUUUACUGCAAAAGAGAUUGAUGUGGUGGAAUGGAAAGGGGACAUUCUUGCAGUGGGUGUCACAGAGAAGGACAUGGCGAAGGACGAUAAUUCGAAGUUCAAAAACCCGAUUUUGCAGAAGCUAGAUUCCCGAGUAGGUGGUCUUUUAUCUGAAGCUCUUCUGAGGAGGAAUUCACUGGAAAAGCUGGCCAGUCAAUAGUUUUAAGACUUCCAGGCCUCGGCUCCAAAAGGGUAGGCUUGAUUGGGCUCGGCCAGUCAGCUUUAACUGCGAUCAAUUUCAAAAGUCUUGGUGAGUCUGUUGCAGCCGCUGCAAAGGCUUCUCAAGCCAGCAAUGUGGCUGUUGUUCUUGCCACUUCUGAGGGUAUCUCGAAUGAGUCAAAGCUCAUGGCUGCAACAGACUCACCACGGCUUUUGAAAUCGAUCGCAGUUGAAGCUGACUGGCCGAGCGUCUCUCGAAUGAGUCAAAGCUCACGGCUGCUACAGCAUUAGCAUCUGGUACUUUUUGUAUGGAUUUGUGGCAUGCUGUCAUUCUUGCCUCUUCUGAGGGUCUCUCGAAUGAGUCAAAGCUUACGGCUGCGACAGCAUUAUCAUCUGGAAUUGUACUGGGGACACAUGAGGAUGCUCGGUAUAAGUCUGAGUCGAAAAUAUCUGUGCUUAAGUCUGUGGACAUUAUCGGUCUUGGAGCUGGACCUGAACUAGCAAAGAAGCUCAAGUAUGCUGAAGAUGUUUCUGUUGCUGUUAUUCUCAGAAGAGAGCUUGUGAAUUCCCUGGCCAAUGUACUUACC